UGUUAAAAGAGAUAAUAUAUUGCAUUAAACAGUAAACAUUAUAAUUAUUGACAUUUUAUUUAUAAAUAAUAUAAUUUCAAGUAAAGAUGUGUUUAAACAAGUGAAUAAAUCAUCAAAGAAAAGAGGAGGGAGAACCCUGCGAACGUUUUAAAUUUUGUUUUCUCUUUAAUAUCAAAAGAUGGCGGAUAAAUACUUCAGACUUGUGUGUUUUGUGGUGAACAUAUGUCCAGAACCUUUAAGAGAAUUUUUCAUCAAGCUUGCUAAGUGUGAUGCUGGUACAUCUUAUUCGAACAUUUGCUCAUAUCUUUCCCAACGACAUCGAGACGUGAUAGAACUUAAAAGGAGGAGAAAAAUUAGGGAUGACCAGUUCAAUUUACUGUAUCCUGGUCAGGGCAUCGCUGAUGUAAACAAGUGGGAUGUUACUCUGCUUAUUACAUUAAUUACGGAAAUGUUUCCUGCGAGCCUUAAGCCUAUUGAAAAGUUUUCUAUCGAUGAAAUUCGCGCGAUAAGAAACCAGUUGCAGCAUCUUUCGAACACUUCAAAUAUGUCUGAUAAAGACUUUGAUAGCUAUUGGGAUCGUCUCGACAGUGCGACAAUGACUCUAGCCAAACAUACAUUCAGCGUCACAUCUGAAGCUGAGUUUCGUAAGAAAAUUGACAAUGCUAACACUAGCCACCUACCUGAUCUGGGGGAUGCAUUACGUCUAUGGUAUGAGGAAACUAUUCGAGAAAUGGCAGACACUAUUAAUGAAAUGGCUGACACAAUUAAUGAUAUGAAACACAAAUUAGAUAAAGUUGAGUCAGAUACAAGGGAAAAUACGUCAAUCCUAAGACAAGUAACUGUCGCGAAGUCAGGACAUGCAGGAGACAAACACAAACGAUUCAAAACUGUAGAUAACAUACUGGUUCAACUUCAAGCUGGCUUUGAGACAACAAUGAAGGAAUUGCCAGACAGUUUCAAUGCCCCUGUGGAAGAAAACGAUAUCCGAACAAAACUUAGAGAUAAUCACUACGUGGUUGUAACCGGAAGUUACAAUAGUCGUUAUUUUGAAACAGCACUUGCAGCCAUAAAAGGAAUGGAUUACAAUUACAAACGAAGUGUCGAAAUGCACAAGUCAUCGGAUUGGCGCCAUAUCGAUCCUGAAGAUGUUGAUUUCGUCCUAUGCAGAGACCCUUUUGGGAACUUUUCGUAUGAUGAAAGCAAAGCUAAAGCUAUGGCAGAUAUAUUCAACAGCAUGAUGCAUACAACAAAAGGAGAUGAGAACAAAACUAUAGACCUAGUCAUAGUAACAGACCUGAAGAUUCUGACAGAAUGCAAAAAAUAUCACGAUCAUGACAUUCUGGAAGAAAUAGUGAAGGUUUUUGAUGAUACAAGUGAAUCACGACCGGCGGACCUUACCCUUGUACUGACGAACAACUUCCUGAAGCAGUAUGGUAUAUCUAGCAGUCAAGUAAAUGAAAGCGUAAUUAAAGAGGCAAGAGACAAAUUUAAAGCAAAGAAAGCCAUUGUGGUGACUGGGCCGGGAAAAUGCGGAAAAACAUCAGUAGCAGUUGCGUUGGCGUCUUCUUAUCAGCCUUCACAAUGUUCCCUUCUUACAGAACCAAGCGAUUUUAAGAAAAUUGACCUUCAAAACAUAUGCUUGAUCAUUAUUGAUGAGUUUGCCGGAAAGCAUUGUUACGAUAAGAAAAACGUAUGCAAAUGGUACAACAUGUUUGAUCAUUUGAAUAAUGUCAUUACGGAAGGACAGAUGAACGUAAUAAUCACGUGCGAAAAAAGCAAGCUGGACAAAUGUUGCGACGAGGUUUCACCACACCCUGUGCUUGAACACAGAGUAAGCAUGCCCGAACGUACCAUUGACAUUAAACAAGAGACACUUCAAAAUACAGAACUUGUUACAGAUCCGCUUUCUCCGAUUCAUGGGCAUCAAAGGUAUAAAAAGGGUGUAUUGAAACACUCAUUUCUAGCUCACCCAAGCACAAAGUGCUCAAGGUGAGCUUUUGUAAUCGCCCUGUGUCCAUCGUCGUUACGUUGUCAACAAUUUGACUAUUCACAAUUUUGGCCCAAUCUUAAUAAAACUUGGUCAGAAUGUUACCCAUAAUAGAAUCUUUGAUAUUUGGUCAUCUGGGGUGAAAAAUCCAGGUCACUAGGUCAGAUCAAAGGAAAAGCUUGUUAACACUCUACACAGCGAUAUAGGUACCAAGUCAUUGAUUACAUGUA